AUGUAUAAUAUAUUAUGUAAUCGCAUGAGAAAUAGUGUGCGGAUUAGUGUCACCACAAGUAGUCGUGUCUUAAGUGGUCUGAAGUCGGAAUUGGAUCCAAACGUGAAGCGAAUCCAACGACUGAAGCGUUUGUUUGCGUUCAGUCUGUUUGGCAUCACUUUAACCACUGCUCUGUUGGUGAAGAACUAUAAGAGAAGACAAUGGUUUGAAUUGAUGGCCAAAACGAAACGAUUACAAGGCCAAAAGUUCGGUGACUUAGAGUUGUAUGAAAUGAAUGGUCAAGUGAUGGCUGAACCGGUCAUCAAGUGUUGGAAUGCCAUCCAA